AUGGAGAAAGAUUUCAUGGAGCCGAAAUAUGAAUCCAAACCCGAGGCCUCCUCGGCCGCCGACCCUCCGCCGUCCUAUGGAGAGACCGAGACGACUAAAGGAAGCUUUGGCCAAAGAAUCUGGGACAGUUUCAAGAGAGAUCCUAAUGCACAAGUGACGGCCGCCGAGCACUCGGGUGCCGAUGGAUCGGCAUUCGACAUCGAGGAAGCUGCACGGAAGACUGCUCAAUCCCCUCUGCAGCGCAAGCUUAAAGGCCGUCACCUUCAGAUGAUCGCUAUCGGUGGCUCAAUUGGUACUGGUCUCUUCGUCGGAUCCGGAUCAGUUUUGGCUGCGGGUGGACCUGCAUCGGUUCUGAUUGCUUAUGCGUUGAUCGGCUGCAUGCUUUACUGUACCGUGCACGCGCUGGGUGAAAUGGCCGUUUUGUUUCCUGUCGCUGGUUCCUUCUCCCACUACUCAACUCGCUUUAUUGAUCCCGCCUGGGGCUUCGCCAUGGGUUGGAACUAUGCCCUGCAGUGGUUGGUGGUUUUGCCGACCGAAAUUGUCGCUGCUUCCAUGACCGUCAACUACUGGAACUCGAGUAUCUCGAGUGCUGCCUGGGUCGCCAUCUUUUGGGUCUUGAUCGUAGCAAUCAACCUAUUCGGUGUCAAGGGCUAUGGAGAAGCUGAGUUCGUCUUCUCGAUUAUCAAGGUCCUUGCGGUUAUUGGCUUCAUCAUCCUUGGCAUCAUCUUGGAUUGUGGUGGUGGACCCAACGGUGGCUAUAUCGGUGCACGCUAUUGGCAUAACCCGGGUGCUUUCCAUAACGGAUUCAAGGGUCUUUGCAGUGUCUUCGUCAAUGCUGCGUUCGCUUUCGCCGGCACUGAGCUGGUUGGUCUUGCGGCAGCCGAGACCGCCAAUCCUCGCAAGUCCCUCCCGACUGCCAUCAAGCAAGUGUUCUGGCGUAUCACCUUGUUCUAUAUCUUGUCGCUUCUGCUGGUCGGCUUGCUGGUCCCUUACACCGAUGACAUGCUCCUUAGCGGGUCAUCCAGCGCCGACGCUAAGGCAUCGCCCUUCGUUAUCGCCAUCAAGAACGCCGGUAUAUCUGGACUGCCUUCUGUCAUGAAUGUUGUGAUCAUGAUCGCCGUGCUGUCAGUUGGUAACGCCUCGGUCUACGGUUCUUCGAGAACGUUAGCCGCCCUGGCUGAACAGGGACAAGCCCCUAAGUUCCUGGGUUACAUCGACCGUAAAGGUCGUCCUCUCUGGUCCCUUCUGAUUGCUUCGUCGCUGGGUGCACUUGGGUUCUUGGCGGCGUCUUCGAAGCAGUCCGAAGCGUUUUCUUGGAUGAUGGCGAUUUCUGGUCUCUCGUCCAUCUUCACUUGGGGUUCAAUCUGUUUGUGCCAUAUCCGCUUCCGUCGUGCUUGGAAAAUCCAGGGACAUAGUUUGAACGAACUUGCUUUCCGGUCUCAACCUGGAGUGAUCGGGUCCUGGGUCGGAUUCGCUUUCAACUGCCUGGUAUUGGUAGCCCAGUUCUGGGUUGGAUUCGCGCCUACCGGAUAUGCGAGUAUGUCUGCCUCGGCAUUGGUCGAAAACUUCUUCUCGGCCUACCUCGCCGCGCCUGUCGUGCUGGCAUUUUACAUCCCUUACAAACUAUGGUACAAGACUCCCUUUAUCCGCGCCAAAGAUAUGGACCUGCAGACUGGUCGACGGGACUUGGAUAUCCAAUAUCUCAUUGAGCAGGAACAGGCCGAACAGGCGUCCUGGCCAGCUUGGAAGAAGGUUUACAAGUUUUUCUGUUAG